AUGAUCUUUCUCGGCGCAUUGCUUUUGUCGUUGCUGCAUAAUGUUGUUGCAGAGCGUCAUGAUGCCGACUUGAUGUCCUUCGUGACGCUCCCCGAAGUACGAGCCUUGAAAUGGCAUGUCACCCACCAUGACCGCGAACGUGCUGCCCCAGGUUAUUGGUUUGUGGCGCCCUACGGACAGAUCUCGCCAGAAAAUCCCACCCAAAAAUACCAGCAGUACCAAGUUGGCCCGUAUAUCUACGACAAUGAUGGUAUGUUGAUCUGGGCCGGAUCAACCAUGUUCGAUAACCGGAACGUCUUCGAUUUCAGGCCCGUCAACAACCUUGGAGACGGCGAGACUCACCUGUCGUUCAUUUUGAAUUGGGAACUCGACAGCGACGACAAAGGCAGUGGCAUACUCUUGAACAAGCACUACCAUAUGGAGAGGGAAGUCAGUGGUUUGGAUGAACUCCACGACUUCAACAUGCAUGAGUUCAACAUCCUGGAAGGCGGCAAGACGGCCGUGGCCUGCACCUACCGCCCUACGCCGGUCAACUUGGCAGACUUCGGACGUCCGGCGGAGGAGAGCUGGGUUGUCGUGGGUGGCUUUAUGGAGCUGGAUAUGGAGACUAGUGAGGUUCUGGUGCAGUGGGACUCGUCAGAUCACAUUGCAUUGCACGAAUCCAACAUGUUCCAUUCCUGGGAUGCGCCCCAAGGUCAUCCCGGCUGGGACUAUGUUCACAUCAACGCGGUUGACAAGAACGCCGCGGGAGAUUAUAUCAUCUCUCUGCGUUUCACCAACACCAUUUACGGCAUUUCGGGCGAGGAUGGACACAUUAUGUGGCGUCUGGGCGGCCUGGAAAGUGAUUUCGACAUGGACUUUACUUUCUCCAAGCAGCACGAUGUAAAGUUUAUUUCGUCCAAUGGCACCAACCACGUCAUCUCGUUCCUCAACAAUGCCUCCGACGAGCGUGGCAAUGACGAGAACAUUUCAUCCGCAUUGUUCGUCGAACUCGACACUGUUGCCAUGACCGCUCGUGUGAUCAACCGCAUCAACCGUCCAGAUAAUAAUCUGACCCGUCUCCGCGGCAGUGUUCAAUUGCUUCCCAACGACAAUGUCUUUAUCGGAUGGAGCCAGAGUGGCUACCAGAGCGAGCACGCCCCGAACGGCGAUUUGCUGAUGACUGCCCGCUUCGCUUCGGACCGCUAUUCGACCUACCGCGCGUAUAAGUCUGAGUUUGUGGGUCGCCCGACCCAGGCACCAGAUGUUGUGGCCUCGGUCUACGGUACCUCUGAAAUGGACCUGACUACUUUGAUUCAUGUCAGCUGGAACGGUGCGACUGACGUUGUGGCCUGGAAGUUCUAUGCCCAGGCCUACGACCGCGGCUCGUCCGUCUUCAUCGGCCAGACCAACAAGACUGAUUUCGAGACUAUGUACAUCGCAGAUGGGUUCAUGGACUGGAUUACCGCCGAGGCUAUUGACCGCGACGGCAAGGUCAUGAGUACCUCGACUAUUAUCCGUACCGAGAUUCCCACAAACUGGAAGGCUGUCGGCUUCCUAGGUUCAUCGACUGGCCCGACACCUGAUGAUCCCUCAAUCAUCGUUUCUGUCAACAAAGACUCCUCUUUGUCUUCGUCUUCGUCCUCGUCCUCGUCUCCUUCCUCCAGCGACAGCUCCGACAGUAACUCCGACAGUAGCUCCGAAAUGGCUGAUAUGAUUAACGAAAGCACCACUUCUGAUUCAUCCUCUUCAUAUGCUGAUGCGAAAGAAGUUGCUAAAGCUGUUUACAAGGCCUAUGAGGUAAUCCGCGGCGUUGGUGGCCUGCUCAUCUUCAUUCUGAUCUCAUGCACUCUCGGCGGUGUUUUUGCUGCUCUCUGGCGCAUGUACAAGCGACGCAAGCUGCGCUCAUACCAACAUGUUCCCUCCGAGGAGGGCCUGCCCGUGGAAGAGAUCCACCUGCGCUCGCAGGCGUCGGAGUGA